GAGAAUAUUGAGGGAGCAGAUCAUGCUUCGUCUUUUACUUGUGUUAUGGCUCUUGAUCAGCAAGGAGUAUCUUCCAUACCAGAACGCUACGUUCUUCCAACCUCACAGCGACCAAACCCUAAUGUUCAGAUCUCCACCACCAUGCCCAUUAUAGACUUGUCUUCUUUACAUGAUCAGUCUCUUAGGUCUCAGACCAUCCACAAUAUUCGUGCUGUCUCUGAAGAACUUGGUGUCUAUAUGGUUAUUAAUCAUGGGAUUGAUCAAUCUGUGAUGGACGAUGCCCUGGAAGCUGCAAGAGAGUUCUUCGACAUGCCCAGUGAAGAAAAGAUGAAGUUAUAUUCUGAUGAUGACAAACCUGUGAGGUAUGGUACAAGCUUUAACCAUGCUAAGGACGAAGUUUACUGCUGGAGAGACUUCAUCAAACACUACUCACAUCCUCUCCCUGAUUGGAUCCGUUGGUGGCCUUCUAAUCCAUGAAGUUACAGGGAGAAAAUGGGAAACUACGCAAAAGCAGCACAAGUACUACAAAACCAACUUGCUGAAACUGUUUUUGAAAGCCUAGGCCUAAACCCUAAUUACUUAGAAGAAGAAAUCAAACAAGGCUCUCAAGUCCUAGCUGUAAACUGCUACCUAGCUUGCCCAGAACCUGGACUUACCUUAGGGAUCCUGCCUCAUUCGGAUUUUGGGUUGCUCACGAUCCUGCUCCAAACCCGGCCCGGGCUCGAAAUCAAGGACAGUGACAACAAUUGGAUUAGGGUUCCAUUUAUUGAAGGAGCUUUGGUGGUACAACUGGGAGAUCAAAUGGAAAUACUAAGCAAUGGACUGUACAAGAGUGUGAUUCACAGAGCAACAGUGAAUUGUGAAGAGAAGAGACUGUCCAUAGCAAGUCUUCACAGCUUUGGAAUGAACACAAAGGUCGGUCCAGCCCCAAAACUUGUGAAUGAUCAGAGACCAAAGUCCUACAAUGAGUUCAGCUUCAGGGAAUAUCUUAACUUCAUAUCCUCUAAUGACAUUUCAAAGGGAAGGUUCAUUGACACUCUCAAAGUAAAUCCUUAUUAGAAGAAAAAACAAUCUCAGGUACAAGGCUUAAAAGUUUCAUCAAAGAUGUGUCAACGAGUUUCACUAUCUGCAUUAAUGCACACUUCAACGGAUCGAUGUGUUAUUGUUAUAUUGUUAUAUGUGGUCUAGUUUUUAUAAGUUUUUCUAAGUUAAAUAAAUGUCUAACUGUAUAAAAGGACAUAUUAAUUAGUGUCAAAUGUUGUGUGGGUCGUCAUGACUCAAAGAUGAGUGUUUCUUUCGUCUGAGUCAAAAAAAAAAAAAAAUCAAGAAGAAGAACGAAGAAAGUGUGCUGUUCGUCUGAGUGUGUCUUGUGUUGUAGUCAAGCUCUUGUGGCUUUGGAGGUCAGUACUAAACUACAUAUAAAUGUAAGUUGGAAGUCAAAAAAACUCGUGUUAUUUAUUUA